UUUUUCUGCUUCAAAUAAAUCAGGAUGGUGUUACAGAACAGUGGAAAAUAUAGAUCUGACAAAGAUACAGAAUGGCAAGGAGGAGAAUCAAGUCGUGAAGAUGCGAGUGAAAAGAAGUAUCAGAGGACCCUCGUUAAUGAUGAAAUUGAUGGCAAGUUUGGUUUUGAAAGAUACAAGGAGCCUCAAGAGAAAGUAGGAUGGCUCAUUAACAUGCAUCCGACGGACAUCCUGGACGAAGACAAACGGUUGAUCAGUGCUGUCGAUUACUAUUUCUUAGAAGAUGACGGCGCCAGGUUUAAAAUAUCGAUGCCGUAUCGCCCAUACUUCUACGUUGCCGCUAAGAAGGACUGCGAACGUGAAGUUGCAUCGUUCUUACAGAAGAAAUACGCCAGCAAGUUGGAGAAGGUGGAACUUGUUGCGAAAGAGGAUCUUGAUCUUCAUAACCAUUUAGUUGGCUUGAAGAGGACCUACCUCAAGCUCUCCUUCCUAAAUGUCGACGACCUCAUGAAAGUGAAGAAAGAAAUCAACCCCGCUGUUCGGAAGAAUAAAGAACGAGAGAAAAACUCUGACUUUUACACGACCAUGCUUACUGCACAUCUUGCCGGAGAAGAAACCGUUCAAUCCUCCUCGAAGAAAAUCUCCGACCAGAUGGAGAACAUAAUCGACAUCCGUGAACACGACGUCCCGUAUCAUGUCCGUGUGUCCAUUGAUCUGAAGAUUAACGUCGGCCACUGGUAUGCGUGUAAAGGUCAUGGUCACACGCCUGAGAUACGCCACAGGGAAGACUUAGUGGAACAACCGGACCCUGUUGUACUUGCGUACGACAUCGAGACAACCAAAUCACCGCUGAAAUUCCCGGACGCUGCCUUCGACCAGAUCAUGAUGAUAUCAUACAUGAUUGACGGACAAGGCUACCUCAUCUGUAAUAGAGAAAUCAUUUCACACGAUGUUGAAGACUUUGAAUACACACCUCGGCCGGAGUUUGAAGGUCCAUUCAUUGUUUACAAUGAACCAGAUGAGAUCUCUACGAUCCAGAGAUUCAUUGAACACAUCCUGGAAACCAAACCGAAUAUAUUCGUGACGUACAACGGUGACAUGUUUGAUUGGCCGUUCGUUGAGAAUAGAGCUGCCUUUCAUCAGAUUGAUAUCUUCAAAGAGAUUGGUUUUCAAAAGGACAGUAUGGGAGAAUACAAGUCAAGACCCUGUAUACAUAUGGAUGCUUUUAGAUGGGUGAAGCGUGAUAGUUAUCUCCCUGUUGGUAGUCAGAACUUGAAGGCCGUCGCCAAAGCCAAGCUGCGCUAUGACCCGGUCGAGUUGGACCCUGAACAGAUGUGUCGGAUGGCUGCCGAGGAACCGCAAGUGAUGGCCACAUAUUCUGUCUCAGAUGCUGUCGCCACCUAUUACUUGUACCUGAAGUAUGUCCAUCCAUUCAUCUUCGCCCUGGGGACCAUUAUUCCAAUGGAGCCGGAUGAGGUUCUGCGUAAGGGUUCUGGUACCCUCUGUGAGGCUCUCCUCAUGGUGCAAGCGUUCCACGCCAACAUCAUCUUCCCCAAUAAACAGGAGCAGGUCUUCAAUAAGAUGACGGAUGAUGGACACAUUCUCGAUAACGAGACGUACAUCGGAGGUCAUGUGGAGGCGAUCGAGUCGGGGGUGUUCAGGGCCGAUAUUCCCUGCAGGUUUAGAAUGGUACCGGAAGCUUUUCAAAAUCUGAUCGACAAAGUGGAAAGAACGAUGAGACAUGCGAUCGAGAAUGAGGAAAAGAUUCCAUUCGACACGGUCACAAACUUUGAUGAAGUUUGCACAGAUAUCAUAGAGAAGUUAUCAAAGUUACGAGACUGUCCAAACAGACUUGAAAACCCCAUCAUAUAUCAUUUGGACGUCGGUGCAAUGUACCCGAAUAUCAUUCUAACCAAUCGACUGCAGCCGUCUGCUUUAGUUGAUGAGGAGUCGUGCGCCGCAUGUGAUUUUAACAAACCUGGCUCCGAGUGCCAGCGUAAGAUGAAGUGGAUGUGGCGCGGUGAUAUGAUGCCAGCGUCGCGGAGUGAAUAUCACCGCAUCCAGCAGCAAUUGGAAAAUGAGAAAUUCCCAUCCGUGUUCCCUGGCGGGCAACCACGCGCAUUUCAUCAGUUGACAAAAGAGGAACAGGCGACGUUGGAGAAGAAACGUCUGUCGGAAUAUUGCAAGAAGGCCUACAGGAAGGUGAAAUCGACAAAGGUGGAGGAGAGGUUCUCGACCAUCUGUCAGCGGGAGAAUUCAUUCUAUGUUGACACCGUGAGGGCCUUCAGGGACCGACGGUAUGAGUUUAAAGGCCUCACAAAGGUUUGGAAGCGGAAGCUGGCUGAGGCUGAAGAGAGGAAAGAUGCCGUGGAGACCAAGAAGGCCAAUGGUAUGGCCAUCCUGUACGACUCACUCCAGCUCGCUCACAAGUGCAUCCUCAACUCCUUCUAUGGAUAUGUCAUGAGGAAAGGCGCGCGGUGGUACUGCAUGGAGAUGGCAGGUAUCGUCUGCUACACCGGAGCCAGUAUCAUCACCCAGGCUCGGGAGAUCGUUGAACAGAUAGGUCGCCCCCUGGAGUUAGACACCGAUGGCAUCUGGUGCGUCAUGCCGGCUACGUUUCCAGAGAACUACGUCAUCAAGUCCACGUACCCAAAGAAACCCAAAACAACAAUCUCGUACCCAGGUGCUAUGCUCAAUGUGAUGGUGAAGGAUUCCUUCACCAACCAUCAGUACCACGAGCUAGAAGACCCCGACAAGUUGAAAUACACAAUGCGCAGUGAGAACUCGAUAUUUUUUGAGGUGGAUGGGCCGUACCUGGCCAUGAUCCUGCCAGCAUCUAAAGAAGAGGGAAAGAAGCUGAAGAAAAGAUACGCUGUCUUCAAUUUUGAUGGUUCGUUGGCUGAGCUCAAGGGAUUUGAAGUCAAAAGACGAGGUGAGCUCCAGCUCAUCAAGAUCUUCCAGUCGUCCGUCUUUGAGGCUUUCCUGAAGGGGGCGACACUGGAGGAGACGUACGCUGCCGUGGCGAAGGUGGCUGAUUACUGGCUCGAUGUCUUGUAUAGCAAGGCUGCCAACAUGCCCGACUCAGAACUCUUCGAACUGAUCGCCGAGAAUCGCAGCAUGUCACGAAAACUGGAAGACUACGGCGAACAGAAAUCGACGUCCAUCAGCACCGCGAAACGCUUGGCUGAAUUCCUCGGUGAUCAGAUGGUGAAGGAUGCUGGUCUCAGUUGUCGAUUCAUUAUCUCCAAGAAGCCAGAUGGCGCCCCUGUUACAGAACGUGCCAUUCCUCUGGCUAUUUUCCAGGCAGAGCCGAGCGUUAAGAAGCACUACUUGAGAAAGUGGUUGAAGGAUCCCGGCAGGAGUGAUUUUGAUAUCCGCGCUGUUCUGGACUGGGAUUACUACAUUGAGCGUCUCGGCGGCACGAUCGCAAAAAUCAUCACGAUACCCGCAGCGCUGCAGCAAGUUGCCAACCCGGUGCCCAGGGUCGCCCAUCCUGAUUGGCUGCACAAAAAACUCCUGGAGAAAAAUGACGUGUUCAAACAGAAACGCAUCAGUGAGAUGUUCACGUCAUCGGUGCGUUCGGUGAAAUCCAUCUUACCACCCGGACCGCCUCAGGAGGAUGCUGGGCCGUCGGUUGCGGACAUGGAAGAUUUCGGUGUGUCUCGGCAGAGCGUGGCGACACCUAUAUCAAUAAGUACAAAGCGCAAACGAUCGAAGGCUGAUGAUGAUUUCACGGAUGCUGAUAUGACGAUGUCUUGGAGGGAGGUCCUGGGCCCACCACCUCCGUUGGGAAAGACCAAGGAAGAAAGAAAAGAAUGGGUCGUCUAUCAGAAGAAAAAGUGGGCUCUCCAGCGUCAACAGCGACGCGGCACUGCUAAGAGGCGGAAAGUCGACGAUUCAAAGAACAAUAACAUAGGGGGCGGCACUGCAAUCAGGAGCGGUCCGAAUACUGGUCUUGGGAAUUUCCUGCGGAAGACGGCUCAGACGGUGUUUAACAUGCCGUGGCAGAUUAUACAGCUUGCCGAGACGAAUCAACCUGGUCAAUAUCGUCUCUGGGCUCUGAUUGGCUCAGAGCUACACUCCAUGAAUCUGAACGUGCCAAGGAUAUUCUACGUCAAUCAGAAGUCACCAAAAGAGGGCGACUCUGGUGAGAUGUGGCGUAAGACAUCCAAGUGUCUGCCGCGGUCGCAUCCCACAAUGCAUCUGUACGAGUACACGGUACCAGAGGAUGUCUAUCAGGAACACAUCAAUGAGAUCAGCGCUGACCUCUCCUCACCUGACAUCGAGGGAGUCUACGAGACACAGGUCCCUCUCAUCUUCCGUUGUAUGGUGCGACUGGGGUGUAUCUGUACCGUCAGUCGGGAGCACGCCAGGAUGGCCGUCGGAAGGGAUGCCGACACCUUCGACAUGGACAACCUGGAGUUUAAGACGCUCGCCCAAUACUCGUACCUCGAGCCCGAUACGAUCAACUACAUCUACCUGUACCACCAUGUCAGUGCGGGCAAGACUAUGUUCGGUAUCUGUCUCCCGGAUCAGAGGAAGGGCUCCGUGGUCGUCGUCGAUAAGGCCAACCAGAUGUCGAACCUGACUGCUGCGUAUAAUGCUGAACACAGCGCCAAAUUGAGCAAACUCGGUAACGAGGAUCUCCUGCCUCCUGCCGGCCACACAUUCGAGGUGUACGUCGAGAAGGACAACAGGAGUGCUUACAGGGCGGUCCAGAAAAUACUCUCCCAAUGUAAGGAGAGCAGGGGGGCUGCUUACAUCGCUGUGCAAUCAUGCUACGAUGUGUCCCGCCUGUCGACGAGCAUGCCGGGAUUAUCAGACUUUCCACUUGUGCCGAUCCACGUCACCGAUAGCUCUAGCCUCUACAACGUGCUAGACUGGCAACGUCACGGAGUACGCCGCAUGAUCCAACACUACCUCAACGCCAACCUCACCCUACAAGCCAUGAUUGAACAAUCUCGCUACUUUCACAUCCCCGUCGGAAACCUUCCUAAAGAUUCCACGCUAUUCGGCUGCGAUUUAUUCUUCGCGCGCCAUCUUCAAAAGCACAAUCACGUCAUGUGGUGUUCGCCGACCGAUCGGCCAGAUUUAGGCGGGAAGGAAGCAGACGAUAACCGACUCGUGACGGAGCCAGAAGAGAGCAACAUUGUGGAGGUGAACAAGUCUGGAGCCUACCCGACUAUCUGUGUGGAGCUUGAUAUGGCCAGUUUGCCAAUCAAUACACUACUUGAGUCUGCCAAGGUUAACGAAUUCGAAGGUGCUUCUACGAUGAGUUUUGACAUCAUGCCACAGCAGUCCGUCGAGGAGAUGAUGUCAGGACAGGGGGCAGCGACAUCUUUGACAAGCUAUGAUGAGACGGCACUCUGCACAGUAGCAUUCAGGAUCCUCAAAAGCAUGGUCCACGGUUGGAUCCGUGACGUCACGACCUACCACAACGCCUUCGCCGACCACCAGAUCAUCCAUUUCUACCGCUGGCUGCGCACACCAAGCUCUCUCCUCUAUGAACCUGCCCUCCGUAAAACUCUACACAACCUGAUGAAGAAGCUGUUCAUGCAGCUCAUCGCAGAGUUCCAACGUCUCGGCUCCACUGUCGUCUACGCAAACUUCAACCGGCUCAUUCUGUGUACAAAGAAGAGGAAUAUCUCGGACGCGAUUGCUUACGUCGAGUACAUCACAAACAGCAUCCGUGCGCGAGAACUGUAUCAUAGUAUUGAUAUCACGUAUUCACAGUGUUGGGAGUUCUUGAUGUGGCUGGAUAACGCUAACCAUGGUGGGGUCAAAGGUAAACUCCCAAACUCCCUCUCACAGGAGAUAGACGAGGAUGGUGCCUCUCAGAAACAGAAACGUGGCAGUGAUGACGAUGAGUCGGAUAACGAACAGGCAGAUGACCAAGUCGGCCAAUCAGAUGAGCCGGAUAUUGAGAUGAACUGGAAUCUGGCGCAUUAUUUACCGCAGGCGGGAGCUUGUCAGACGAACUUCACGAUGGUGAUCGCCGGUUACGUGCUAUCUGUCUACAACCACCUGCAAGACGAGCACGGUGGGUUAACGCCCGGGAAUACGCCCGUCAGGCGAAGAGGGGACAGCCAAUCACAGACGCAGAAACCAACUGAUAGUUCAACAACGCCUGCAGCGGUUGAGUUCUCACAAGAAUUGAUCAAGAAUGAAAUGACGCAACAGAUGUUUACGAUCACUCAGAAGGUUCAGAAGAAGUUAUCAGGCGGUCGUGUAGGUGGCGCCGACCUGGCAGCCGAGUUUCCCCAACUCCCCGGAUCACAUCUGCCCCUGACCAACCCAGCGCUUGAAUUCAUCAAAGCUGUUUGUAAGGUGUUAUCGUUAGAUCUCAACAUCACCAUCCAGGUGGACAAAAUGAAACGAGAUCUCCUCCGUCUGAUAGGAGUUGGUGAGUUCUCAAACACGGCCGAGUUCCAGGACCCGUGUCUGUCGUACAUCCUGCCAGAGGUGAUCUGUAAACACUGCAACAACGUGCGCAAUCUGGAUCUGUGCCGUGAUCCGUAUCUGCUGCAGGAUGGGGCUAACAUGUCAGUGUGGUCAUGCAUUCAGUGCAAGUCUGAGUACAAUGUGGACGACAUUGAACGACAGCUAAUCGACGCAGUGCAGAGGAAGUCCAUGGCUUAUCUGCUGCAGGAUCUCAAGUGUAUGAAAUGCCAUGGGAUCAAGGAGGCGAACAUGGCCCGCUACUGUAAAUGUGCCGGUGAUUUUACGACGACCCUACCCAUCAAUAACUUUGCACAAAACGUGAUGACGUUUCGGAAUAUUUCACGCCAUUACAAGAUGACGCUGCUUCAAGAAAAUGUCGAGUGGAUCCUUAAGAUGAACCCGCAGAUUAAACUGACGGACAUUAACUGGAAUUGAACUGAGAACCUCUCUUGUCCCCAAGUUUCCUCGAUAUCUGAAUACUCGGGGACUGCCCCCAAAAAGUUUUGCUGUAAUCUUUUUUCUCUGGAGCAAAUAUUUUAUGGCGACAAUGACCCUUUCAGUUCUCGUAGCUUUGAGGAAAAGAUAAUAACAUGGUGAGAGGAUUCAGUGAGUGGUACGUAGCUGUACGUAACCAGGUACCGACUCGCGCCUUACUGCAGUCAACUAACUUUCAAAUCAAUUCACGCCUUAACAGACAGGCUGCAGUGGGGCGGUCGGGCGCCUGGCAUGAAAUGUACAGG